AGCAGGAAUAGGAUGGCUGCUGCCUCCAGUACUCCCUUUUCCUCUCAGGGUCACCCUGGGGAAACCUGGAAAAAAACAGAAGGGGCUCAAGCAACGCAGAGGCUGGUGAUGCCCGAAGUGGAGCGAGGAGGCCAAGCAGGAGCCCACCAUCACCAACAGCAAGAGCAGCAUGUCAGCCCAUAUGUCUUGAUAACUCCAAAUGCGACAAGAAGAAAACGGUUGCAGCAAAUUGCUAAGAAAGAGCUAGAUGACCUGAAGAGGUGGAAGGAAGACCACAGGCCAGGGCCAAUUAAGUUCACUCCACAGAGACUGGGUGGAAAAGAAUCAGAAGAUCAAGCAAGGCAAAAACAACAGAUGGUGCUCAUGCAAUCUAAAUACCAGCAAAAGCACAAGAGAGAAGAAUAUAUAAGAACAAAAAAGGCAGCUGAAGAAGCUGAACACAUGAGAAAGAAAGAAAUUCAAAGAGAAAAGGCAGAGAGGCUUGAAGCUAAGAAAAGGCAAGACGAAGUGCAGAGAAGGAAGAUGUACUCUGAAGAUCAAUAUUACAAAACCAAUGAAUUAUUGAACAGACUGGACUUGGGUUUGCCAAAGAGUGAUUCCUGUCAGAUUGCGAAUCGCGGCCCAGAGUCUACAGCAUGGACUAGAAGCCAUACUUACAAGCAAGCUCUUCGAGAGGAUGAAAACAGAAGAUUAGAGGAGAUGAAGCAAGAGCAACGGAGAAAGGCUGAAUUAAUGGAAAUUAAACAAAAGCAAGAGGAAGAAGCCCGAACAAGAGCACACCAAAAUGAACAGAGGAGGGUAAACAAUGCUUUCCUGGACCGACUACAGAACAAAACGCAAGCUAAUAGCAUCUGCCAACCUGAAUAUCCGAGGAGUCAGAACUACUACAGUAACAACUAAUGGGAAGACUUGACCUCCAGGGUAUUGGAGGAAUAUUCACUUUUAUCCGGCCUUGGCCAAACAACCUUGUAAAAGCUUCAAGCAAACUCUCUUCUGUCAUGGCGUUCAUUUAUUUUCUUCCUUACCCUGUCUUCAACUCCACACCCACUUCACGAGCAAUCUGCAGAGGCUGGUUCUAGCUGUCAUUAUUCACGUGUAUCACAUGCAGCUGAUUAUAAAAGUCUUAUUUAAUUUUUAAUAAACAAAUGUCUCAUUUUCAUAAAUGUUUUGCCUCAUACAGAAAGCAAUUAUCGCAGUUAUUGGGAUCUCAGAGAGAGGAAAAAAAUAAUAAAGCGCCCACAGAAACUGCAGGAAUAUCAAUGUGUACGUUUUGUUCUGUACCCAGGCAAAAACUUCUCAGAGACUUAAACUGAAGUAGCUUAUGAGUAGGGAGGAGGAGAGAGAAUGCAGUUG